AUGGAGUCGCCACAUCCCGAUGAGAGACCGCACAAGAAGCGCCGUUUCUUUACUGAAGAUUCUUCGCCAAUCCAAGUUCGUACCAAGCAGCCAUCUCCGCGCCCUCAGACCCCGCCACCAGCCGUGGAGGACAAUGUACCCCCACAGUCUGGAGCCAAUGGACAGGACGAUACAGGAGACAUGGGUGGCUUUGAUGUUGGCAUGCUUCAGGCUGUAGUAGGAGAGCUGUCUAUGCCAACUUUGCAGAAGUUGAAGGAUGUCAGUGGCAACAAUGUAGAGAGAGCAAUCAAUUUAUAUCUCGACGGAUCAUGGAACUCUGCGCCCGUGCAAGUAACCGCCUCCAUUUUCCAGCCUCGCCCGCAAGCACAACCCUCCAUUCUGAACACACUCAAGCGCACAGAAUCAGAAGCGUCAAUCGCAUCUACGCCAGGCUCCGGUGCCUCGACCCCGACUACACUACGGGACAUGCCCGCGAAAAGAUACAUCGGAUCUUUCGGUGCGAUUGGGUGGGCAACAAAGAGCGGCUCUGGCAUGCUCCGGCACGACGAGAAGAUUGGCAUCGAGCGCGUGAAGAAGCAGCCCAAGCUGAACAAGGCCAAAAAGGUCGUCAACCUCAAGAACCAGGAUGUACUCGUCCGGUUCACCAACGAGAAGGGCGAAGAGGUUGGAAGGCUAGAGAACGACUCGGCCGCGUGGAUUGCGCCGUUGAUGGACCAAAAGGUGUGCACGUUUGAAGGCACUGUUGUAUACACACCGGAUCGAAUACGGACCGGCGACACCGUCUAUCUGCAACUACGCGCAUACCUACUCCGCAGCGCGUUCGACAAACGGAAGUUCACAAAGCCCGAAGACAACCGCGAGGUCAGUCUCUUCGAAGAAAAGGAGACUUCGGAUGAACGCGACCUUCGUAUGCGGCAGAUCGGAAUGGUCCAAUUGUUUGAGCAGAUCAAUCUUCAUCCUACGCGCGAGAACGAGACGACAGAAAAGCACAAGCGCCAAGGAUUGUUGCGAGCAGCUGAGGGCGCGGAAAAGAAGGAGAAGAAACCAAAGACCGAAAACGGAACACAGGUUGACCCUACCUCGUCACCACCUUCGGAAGAAGCGGAGGAGGGCGAGGAGCUGGAACAAGACCAGCUCGACUCCUUGUACAAGAAGGCGCAAUCUUUCGACUUCAAUACCCCUACGCUCGAGCCAGCAGACACCUUCAGGAUGGAUUUGCGGAAGUACCAGAAACAAGCGCUUUUCUGGAUGGUUAGCAAAGAGAAGGAUGAAUCGCUCGAUGGCAAAGAAGAUUCCAUGCAUCCGUUAUGGGAAGAGUAUCAAUGGCCAACACAAGAUGCCGACAACAAACAACUACCCGCUAUCGAGGACCAAACUAUGUUCUACGUCAACCCUUACUCAGGCGAGCUGUCUCUAGAGUUCCCCAGACAAGAGCAGAACUGUCUCGGUGGUGUGUUGGCAGACGAGAUGGGUCUCGGAAAGACCAUCGAAAUGCUCAGCUUGAUCCACACUCAUCGGACUGAAGUUCCUCAAAACGAGACGUCGGCACUGAUGAAAGCUCUGCCAAGGCUACAGAAGAGCAGUGCUAAUGUGGAGCUUGCUCCAUACACCACACUCGUCGUUGCGCCAAUGUCUUUGCUGGCUCAAUGGCAAAGCGAAGCAGAGAAGGCUUCGAAAGACGGCACGCUCAAGGUCAUGGUCUACUAUGGCUCAGAGAAGGCCGUUAACCUCCAGAAGCUGUGCUGCGCCUCUAAUGCGGCUAAUGCACCAAACGUAAUCAUCACGAGUUACGGCACCGUUUUGUCUGAGUUCAAUCAGGUAGCGUCCCAGGAUGGCAAUCGUGGCUCGCAUGGUGGCAUAUUCUCGCUCGACUACUUUCGGAUCAUUCUCGAUGAGGCGCACUACAUCAAGAACAGACAGUCCAAAACCGCGAAGGCGUGUUAUGAGCUCUACGCUAAGCAUCGCUGGGUGCUGACCGGCACGCCCAUUGUCAAUCGUCUCGAGGACCUUUUCAGCUUGGUGCGCUUCCUUAAGGUCGAGCCUUGGAGCAACUUCUCAUUCUGGAAGACCUUCAUCACAGUGCCAUUCGAAUCUGGUGACUUCAUCCGCGCGCUAGAUGUCGUUCAAACAGUACUCGAGCCGCUCGUUCUGCGUCGAACAAAGGACAUGAAGACACCGGAUGGAGAAAUGCUCGUGCCGCUGCCGCCACGCACGAUCGAUGUUGAACGGAUCGUUCUGUCACAGGAUGAGCGAGACGUCUACGACCACAUUUAUACGCGUGCGAAGAGUGUUUUUGCCGCCAAUGCUGAAGCUGGAACACUGCUGAAGUCAUACACAACUAUCUUUGCACAGAUCCUGCGACUUCGCCAAUCAUGUUGCCAUCCCAUCCUCACCCGCAAAGCCAACAUUGUCGCAGAUGAGGAGGAUGCAUCGUUAGCAUCAGAUCUCGCAAACGGUCUUGCCGACGACAUGGAUCUUGGAAGCCUUAUCGAGCGAUUCACUGCUGAAGGUGACCAAGAUGUCAAUAAGUUUGGCGCUCACGUGCUCAAGCAGAUCCAAGACGAAGCCGAAUCCGAGUGUCCAAUAUGCUCAGAAGAGCCCAUGAUCGACCAAGCAGUCACAGGUUGCUGGCAUUCCGCAUGCAAAGAAUGCCUGCUAAACUACAUCAACCACCAGCGCGACAAGAACGAAGUCCCCCGCUGCUUCAACUGCCGCGAACCUAUCAACGCCCGUGACGUCUUCGAAGUCGUCCGUCUCCGCCGCAUCGGCCUCUCCGGCUCCGCGAAGACUCAAGCAUUACUCACACACCUCAAGCACAUCAGAAAAGACGAUAAAACCGCCAAAUCCGUCGUCUUCUCGCAGUUCACCUCCUUCCUCGACCUAAUUGAGCCCGCCCUAGCCCGCGACCACAUCCCCUUCCUGCGCUUCGACGGCUCGCUCUCACAAAAGGCGCGCGCCCACAUCCUCACCGAAUUCACAUCCAGCCCCAAGCCGUACGUUUUGCUGCUGUCCCUGCGCGCCGGCGGUGUCGGGCUCAACCUCACCUGCGCGCAGAAUGUGUUCAUGAUGGACCCAUGGUGGAGUUUUGCCGUCGAGGCGCAGGCGAUUGACCGCGUGCAUCGCAUGGGGCAGGAGAGGGAUGUCAGGGUGAUUAGGUUUGUGGUGGAGGGCAGCAUUGAGGAGAAGAUGUUGAGGAUUCAGGACAGGAAGAAGUUUAUGUAA